AUGGAUCCACUCGAAGGGAUGGAUGAAUCGUCCACCGACGAUGACGCUGCAUCCCAAACUACUGAGGAUGAUCCUCAAGUUCCUGAACAACCACCUCCGUCCGUUCAACCCCAGCAACCAGCACCAGCACCAGCACCAGCACCAGCACCGGGUGCUCGUGAACGGCCUCGUUAUGAACUCAAACAUACUCUUAUAGGGCAUACACAGUCGAUAUCAUCUGUAAAAUUCAGCCCUGAUGGCACUCUACUGGCUUCCUGUGCCGCUGAUAAUGCCGUCAAAAUAUGGUCGCCUUUCACUGGGCAGCUGAUCCGAAAUUUAAAUGGACAUACGAAAGGCUUGUCAGAUGUAGCUUGGUCUUCAGACAGUGUAUAUCUUGCCUCAGCAUCUGACGAUACGACUAUUCGGAUAUGGGAUGUUGAUUCCGGUCUAACAACAAAAACGCUCAAAGGGCACACAAGCUUUGUAUUCUGCGUGAACUACAAUACCGAGUCGACGCAGCUGGUCUCCGGUGGAUGCGACGGAGAUGUCAGAAUAUGGAACUUAGCAAAAGGAAAGUGUACCAAGACCCUCAACGCGCACCUAGACUAUGUCACUGCAGUACAUUUCAAUCGGGAUGCCUCUCUCAUUGUGUCCUGUGCCCUCGAUGGGCUAAUUCGUAUCUGGAAUACCAGUUCUGGACAAUGUCUCAAAACACUCGCUGAAGGUCACAAUGCCAUCUGCCAACACGUUCAGUUCUCACCAAACUCGAAAUAUAUCCUAUCCACGGCGCACGACAGUGCCAUCCGAUUGUGGGAUUACCACACUUCACGCUGCCUUAAAACGUACAUGGGCCAUCAGAACUCGAAGUAUUGCAUUGCUGCAUGUUUCAGCGUUACCGGAGGGAAGUGGAUCGUAUCGGGAAGCGAGGACAACAAGGUCUAUCUCUGGGAUCUACAAAGCAGGGAAGUGGUGCAAGUGUUAGAUGCACAUAAAGACAUUGUUGUUGCGGUCGCAACCCACCCACAGCAAAAUAUGAUUGCGUCAGGCUCCAUAGAGAGCGACUUGUCGAUUCGAAUAUGGGCCGAUCGUGGCCCAUCAUAG